CUGUCCGGAAAUGACGUAAUGUUGUUAUUAUUCCAGGAAGAGGGGACGGGAAAGCACUGAACUGCGUCAACAACUGUUUUUAUGAUAUAGUCGGAUUUCAGCUGCUCUUCAACAUGACAAUUGGCCACUGCUGAGUAAUUUAUGGCACUGUUCCUGGACGGGACUUUAUUGAGCAACAACAUGGACACAUCAAACUUUGCCCACGUCAUUUUCCAGAAUGUGGGGAAAAGUUACCUGCCCCACGCUGCACUGGAGUGUCAUUACACUCUGACGCAGUUCAUCAAACCAAAUCCAAAGGACUGGGUUGGCAUAUUCAAGGUCGGUUGGAGCACAGCGAGGGACUAUUACACAUUCUUGUGGUCACCUCUCCCUGAGAACUAUGUGGAAGGCACCGCAGUCCACAGAACAGUGGUCUUUCAGGGAUAUUAUGUGCCCAAUGAUGAUGGCGAGUUCUACCAGUUCUGUUAUGUGACCCACAAAGGGGAGAUCCGGGGAGCCAGCACCCCAUUUCAGUUCCGUGCCAACAGCCCUUCAGAGGACGAGCUGCUGACUGUGGAGGAUGAGUGCAACUCUGACAUCCUGGUGGUCACCACCAAGGCUGGCUUCCUUGAGCAAAAGGUGGAAGAAGCCCAGAGAGAGAAAGACGAGCUGGUCAAAAACAUGGCCCUCCUGCAGCAGGAGAAGGAGCAGCUUGAAGCCGAGAAGCAGAGCCUGCAGAAGGAGUGUGAGCAGGAGAAAGAAACCUGCGCCCAGCUGAGAAGAGAGAACCAAGAGGUACAGAAUUCUUCCCAGGCCUUUCAAGAGGAGAAAGAGGAGGUAAAGAGGAGGCUGGAGGAGGCCACAGCCAGAGUUAUACAGUUGGAGGAGGAUCUGAUUGGUGUCACCCAGAAGGGCUUACAAAAGGAAACUGAGCUUGACAGUCUGAAGGAUAGAGUGAAGAAACUUAUAGCAGAGAAGGAGGCACUCGAAUCUCAUCUCAAGAAUGAGAAAGAUGAGAAGGAACUUUACAAGAUUCACCUGAAAAACCGGGAGCUGGAGAACACUAAGUUGAGUGCAGAGCUACAGAUGCUGAAGUCUGUGGAUGUGAACAAGGAGAACACCAUUGCCCAGUUUAAAGAGGAGGUGGGACGUCUGCAGGCGUGCCUCACUGAGAAGGAGAAACAGUACAGAGAAAUCCUGGCCAAAGUUUCCCCCUUGGGAGAUAUGAAGGCCCUGAAGGAGCAGCUGCGGCAGAAAGAGGAGCAGCUCCAGGCUAACCAGCAACAGUCUUCCCUGUUAGCUGCUGAGUUGAGGGAUGCCUCCAGCACCCGCGACCGGACCAUGUCUGAACUCUACCACAUGAAGCUGGAGGCCGAUUCCCUCCGCCAGGCCAAGGCUGAAGCGCAGGCCCAGUGCGUCCGCCUGGAGCGCCUGGUGGAACAGAUGAAGGCAGAGGCCAAGCAGGAAGCUACCAAAGCAGAGGAAGAAGCUGCUGCAGACCCAGCUGUUUUAGCGGAGCUGCAGAGAGAAGUGGAGGACCUGAAGCUGCGGCUGCACAUGGCUGCAGAACACUACAAGGAGAAAUACAAGGAAUGUCAGCGACUGCAAAAACAAGUGCUCAGACUCUCUGAACAGCAAGGGGAGCUGAAGAGAAGCUCAGCACAAGAGGCCACAAUAAUCCCUGCAUCAGUGAGUCCAGACACAUCAGUGCCAGGGAGUCCAGGUUCCGCUGAUCCCAUGCUGGAGGCCAUCAUCCAGGAGAAGCUCAAAGGCAUCAGCAGAGAGGCGUCUGACAGGAACGACAAGUACAGGAAAUGCAAGCAGAUGCUGGUGGAGGAGAAGGAUCGUAGCUGCAUGUUUGCUGAUGAGUUGGCCAAGAUGGAAGUGAAAUUUAAGGAACAAUUGAAGACUAAUGAGAACCUGAAACUGCAGUUGGCAGCAGAGGAAGAUCGCUACAAGAGCCAAGUAGCUGAGAAGGGCCGGGAGCUGAAGGAACUGAAGGACACGCUCGCACUUGUUGUUAAGGAGAAGGAAAAACUGGAGGGGGAGCGUCAGAAGUCAAGCAGCAGCAGGAAGGGAGAUCAGGGAGCUGGUGAGAAAACCAGUUUGGAGAGUAACCAGUCCAGUGUGCCUUUAUUCCUGCAGUACCCUGUCCCAUACACCCAGGAUGCCCCCACCCCUCUGCUGGUCUCUCAGAGCCCCAGCAAGCUUCAUUUUGGGAACCCUUACUCCAUCUCUGACUCAAAAGGUUGGUAUCCUUUUCACAAAGUAACGCAAACAUUUUUGUUUAAAAAUUCCCCAGUCACAAUUGGCAGAAAUCGCUGGCUUGUAUUUACAGUCGCUACGUCUCUGAAUCUUCUCCUUGCAGAUGAGGGGGAUGAGGAGUUCUCAGAUGACCAGCUGCUCAGGCUGCCCCCUGUGGGUCCACCCUCCUGGGACAGUAAUGUGGUGUGUAUUCAACCCACCCGCAACCACAGCCGGCCAGAGGGCCACGAGGAGUCAGAGGAGAAGCAAAACAACAAUAAUGAUAAUACCAACGAACAGCCCGCAGCAACUGAAACCCACAGCCCAUUUGUGAAUGAUGGACAAACUGCCUUCUGCUUUGAUCCCAGCAUGGACAUGAAGCGAUGCCCACUGUGCGAGGUCAUCUUCCCGCCCAACUAUGACCAGAGCAAGUUCGAGGAGCAUGUGGAGAGCCACUGGAAAAUCUGCCCCAUGUGCAGCGAGCAGUUCCCGCUGGACUGCGACCAGAAAGUGUUCGAGAAUCACGUGCUCACUCACUUCGACGGCCACCCGCUCAACUUCGACUAAAGCAACAGAGAGUCAGCACAUCCGGUCUGCCUAUUUCCUGUCACCACUGAAAUAAUUUCACUCUGCACUCUUUUCUGCAUGUAACGGUGUGAAGAUCCACUCUUUAGGACUUUACUGACUUUCGCUUUGUUACUACAACUUAGAGAAACACUUUGAAGUGAUGUGACAUUUUGAAAUGGCAUCCUAAUUCAGUGUAAAUGGCAGGGCUACUGAAUCUGUUUGCAAAUCAGAAGGGUUUUUUUUUUUUUAUUGGUGGCAGAUUUCCCUUCAUUUGAAUUUGAGGAAUAAUUUGGGGGGAUGAGACUGUUGUAUGUAUAAAUAACAACUUUGGCUUCAUAGAUCAGUUACUACAGGACGUAACGAAUCAGGGAAAGAGAUAAGUGUUUACCAAACUUACAUUUAAAACAUCCAACCAAAUGGUUCCCCCCUGAAACAUCACCGUACGUCAUUUGCGCAUUCUUUAUAGACCGCAGCCUUGGUGCACUAUAUGCAGUCAGGGAGAUAUCUUCACUGAUUACAUUCAGACAUGAUUAUACAGUUUAUCAUCAGAUCAUCUAUUUUAGAAUAAUUAAAGCCAAUGAUAUUGUGAAAGCCUUGAUUAUGUCUUUGUGUAUGAUAGAUUUGUGUUACGUUAGGUUUCCUUUGUUCUUGAUUUUAAUUAUUUAAUUGGAGUUUUUGUGUCAGGAUUCUUUAGAACCUUCAUAUCAUCAGCUAAUCAGUGCAUGCUGAGCUUAUGUUCAAUUCCCUCUUUUCGUUCUUCUCUUUUACAGCAUUAAGUUAUUUCAUUCAUAGAAAUAUUUCAUUUGUUAAGUGAGUUUCAUGUAUCUAAUAUGAGCUAAUAAAGUCAGUUUAAAAAACUGAA